CGUUGAGAGAAUAAUGAGUUAAAUGGUGAACGAGUGCUUCAUAUUGGAAGGUACGAAUGAGAAUGUAGAAUGGCGAAGUGUGAAUGAUGUACUUAAGGUUGUAUUCGAGGAAGCUGCGCGAAACAGUUGAAGGAUGAUGGAGUAGGUAUUAUGGUAACAGUAAGUGCGUGAUAGUGGAAGGUGUGGAUGAGUGCUGCCGAGACAUGUUUGGGUGAGCUGCUCAAGGUAGACAGGUGGUUUGGGUGGGCGGGUGAGGAAGAGCGAUGUACUGAUUCUGAAGACAGAAACAGGAGCUUGGCUGUUCAGUGUCCUCAAAAGUUUUGCCCACCUCGUGAGCGACAGAUUACCAAAUGAGUGAAGACAUGAUGAGGUAGAUACUGCUAACCGUAAUUGGUCCUAUGUGUUUGUUUGUUUCCCUGCACUCGGGGUUAUUCGUUGCUUUUCCCUGUCCCUCAGGUAAUGCUGGAGGAAUCUUCAACAUUGACACUGCCCUCGGCGUGAUCAGCCUCACCCGAACCCUGGCCGACGCCCAGCCCCCGGAGUACCUGCUGCUGGUGCGGGCCACGGACCACGCCGCGCAGGCCCGCGCCGCCUCGGUGCCGGUCCGGGUCAUGGUGACCGCCUCGCAGAGCUCGCCGCCCUCCUGGCAGGGCAAUAAGCCGCACGUGGAGGAGGUCAGGGAGUGGGUGGCGGUGGGCACGGCCCUGGCGCGCGUCACGGCGUCCUCACCGUCGGCCCUCCACUACUCGCUGACGGGCGGGAAUGAACACAGCGCCUUCGUCAUCAGCCCCGCCUCGGGGGUGGUCAGCGUGGCCACGCCCCUGGACUACGAAACCACCUCCUGGUACAACCUGGUGACUCCCUGCCCCGCCUGGCCGGGGUGUCCCGCAGCACGUGGCUGGGCGUGACGGUCCUCGACGAGAACGACUGGUGGCCGGAGUGGGAGCGAUUUUCAUACCACGGCAGCGUCCUGCAGACCGCCGGCCGCGGCGCCCCCGUGCUGGCCGCCCACGCCCACGCCUAGGCCAGCCCCAGCCAGCUCACGGAGCUGUGUGGGUGUCUGGCAGCCUGGACACAGUGGCCGGCACCACGGUGAGGCUGAGUGUGUGGGCCACGGACGGGGGCAGCCCCCGGCGGGAGUGUGUGGCGCCCGCCCCAGUCUUCAUCACGGUGAGGGAGGUGAAGGCUGC